GCAUCCUCCCCAGAAUCAGUGGUAUUCCAAAGUCAAUGUAGGCCCCUCUCACCUGACUCACCUCUUCCUCAGUUCAGCCCCCCUCAAGUCGGUUACCAUGGGGAGUUGUCAAGGCAUAGAUCCUUUACACCACAAUCAGCAUUUUCAGACUGGGAAGGUACUGAUUUGUGUCUGGAAAGUCUGUUUGACGAAACCAGAGCAGAGUCCCCGCAAUCAGUUUUAUCAGACUUUGAACUUGAUAAAUUAUUUAACAGCAGGGCGUUGUCCCCGGAAUCAGUGUCUUCAGAUUUUGACUUUUGGCUCCUGCAGGACUGGUUGGCAGACUUUAGAGCAUCCUCCCCAGAAUCAGUGGUAUUCCAAAGUCAAUGUAGGCCCCUCUCACCUGACUCACCUCUUCCUCAGUUCAGCCCCCCUCAUGUGGGUUACCAUGUUGAGUUGUCAAGGCACAGAUCCUUUACACCACAAUCAGCAUUUUCAGAUUGGGAAGGUACUGAUUUGUGUCUGGAAAGUCUGUUUGACGAAACCAGAGCAGAGUCCCCGCAAUCAGUUUUAUCAGACUUUGAACUUGAUAAAUUAUUUAACAGCAGGGCGUUGUCCCCGGAAUCAGUGUCUUCAGAUUUUGACUUUUCGCUCCUGCAGGACUGGUUGGCUGACUUUAGAGCAUCCUCUCCAGAAUCAGUGGUAUUCCAAAGUCAAUGUAGGCCCCUCUCACCUGACUCACCUCUUCCUCAGUUCAGCCCCCCUCAUGUGGGUUACCAUGUUGAGUUGUCAAGGCACAGAUCCUUUACACCACAAUCAGCAUUUUCAGACUGGGAAGGUACUGAUUUGUGUCUGGAAAGUCUGUUUGAUGAAACCAGAGCAGAGUCCCCGCAAUCAGUUUUGUCAGACUUUGAACUUGAUAAAUUAUUUAACAGCAGGGCGUUGUCCCCGGAAUCAGUGUCUUCAGAUUUUGGCUUUUCGCUCCUGCAGGACUGGUUGGCAGACUUUAGAGCAUCUUCCCCAGAAUCUGUAGCUUCAGUGGAGCAGUGCACUUUGCCUCCUCGCAUGACAUUUGACCAGAUGCGGACUCAACAUUGUAACUAUUACUUACAGUACUCCAAUAAUAGACCAGUAUCACCUUUUUCAACACUGUCAGAUGUUGAGUAUUCCGGACUUUGUCUAGAGGAAAUGUUUGAUGACAACAGACCAGAUUCGCCAGAUUCACUUACUUUACAGGUCCACACCAAAGACACAAGCAGAACUGUAACUGCUUCCCCACCAUUGCCCCCUGCAAGACCUCUUACAUAUGCAGAUGUUGUGCGGGGAAUAACACAUGACAGAAAAGCAGAUGCUUUGUUGGUCUGCAAACCCUUUGAGUUUAAACCUAUUUGGUCUCGAUCAGUGUUGGCAGAGAAGGAUUGCACUCACUCCUACGUAGAGGACUGGCUCACCGAGUUAAGACCACAGUCUCCCCAGUCAGUGGCGUCUGACACUCAGCGUAGGCCCCUCUCUCCUGACUCGCCUGUUCCUCAGUUCAGAUCUGUCCAUGUCGGUUACCAUGGGGAGUUGUCAAGGCAAAGGUCGUUUACACCACAGACAACAAUUUCCGACUGGGAAGGUACCGAUAUGUGUCUGGAAACCCUGUUUGAUGAGACCAGAGCAGAGUCGCCGCAGUCAGUUUUAUCAGACUUUGAACUUGAUAAGUUAUUUAACAGCAGGGCGUUGUCCCCGGAAUCAGUGUCAUCAGAUUUUGACUUUUGGCUCCUGCAGGACUGGUUGGCAGACUUUAGAGCAUCCUCCCCAGAAUCAGUGGUAUUCCAAAGUCAAUGUAGGCCCCUCUCACCUGACUCACCUCUUCCUCAGUUCAGCCCCCCUCAUGUGUGUUACCAUGUUGAGUUGUCAAGGCACAGAUCCUUUACACCACAAUCAGCAUUUUCAGACUGGGAAGGUACUGAUUUGUGUCUGGAAAGUCUGUUUGACGAAACCAGAGCAGAGUCCCCGCAAUCAGUUUUAUCAGACUUUGAACUUGAUAAGUUAUUUAACAGCAGGGCGUUGUCCCCUGAAUCAGUGUCUUCAGAUUUUGACUUUUCGCUCCUCCAGGACUGGUUGGCAGACUUUAGAGCAUCUUCCCAGAAUCUGUAG